CAUAGCUACAGCAGGCUUUGGGGGAGGUUAAGGCUGAAAAAGAGAGAAUGAUUAGGAGAAGAGCCAGGAUGCAGCGGAGGCAAGCGGACAUUAGUGAGUUAGAGGAGAUGGACCCAGCAGAGCUGCAACAGGAUGUGAGGACUAUAAGGUGGGUGCGGGUCUGGGUACCCGGUGCUCAUCUCUGGUUAUUACUCACCUCCUACCUCAGAUGCUUUCCCUUGCCUCUCAUGAACCAGUUGGCAGGUGAGCCCAACAUCAAUAUGCACAACUUUCCCUCGUUCAGCAAGAAGGCCCUAGACCUGGAAGCGAAGAUAGGGCAUGGUCAAACACCCACGACGGAUGGUAGGAAAAAGACACUGCCUCCCAACUGGAAGGCGAAGGGCCGCAUUAUGUUCGUCGACAAUGAUGGUUCAACCAUCGAUUUGGACGACGAGUUCCAGGCAGGAGUAGGUUCAGAGGCUGGCAGCGUAGAGGCUUCAGGGGGUGGAGUAGUCGUUGCCGUAGUAAAAAAGGUAAGGCGACCGGUAGACCGAGGAGGUUCCCGGUCAAGGAGUCAAGUUGACCCCAAUGCUCCUCCAUGGGAGAAAGCGGGUCUCACAGAGGACGUGUGGAGAGACCGGUACACCAGAUGCGAGGCUGCCUUCAGACACCUGAAGCAUGCGCUGACGCAUCAUGAGGUCUUGCAACUUCCUGAUCCAGACAAGUCGUUCAUAGUAACCACGGAUGCCAGCCAAUAUGGCAUUGGUGCCGUGCUAGCGCAGCAGGAGGGGUCAAAGUUGAGGCCUGUCGAGUACAUGUCGAAAAAGAUGCCCUCUCAGAAGUUGGCUAAGUCCACCUAUGAGAAGGAGCUCUACGCGAGCUACAAGGCGCUCACCCAUUGGAGACACUAUCUCCUAGGGAGGUUCUUCUACGUCAGGACUGAUCAUCAUACCCUGAAGUGGAUGAGGACCCAACCGAUGCUCUCCGACGCUCUGAAGCAUUGGAUUGAAGUCAUAGAGCAGUAUGACUUCGAGCCCCAGUACAUCAAGGGCGAGUACAACAAGGUUGUUGAUGCGUUGUCGCGUAGGCGUGAUUUCUCCGGUGCGCUGAUCACUGAGUUUGGGCUUGCGGAGGAUGUCACUCGCUCAAUGGUGGAAGCCUAUCGCGAGGAUCAGUUUAUGUCUGAGAUCAUUCGCAGACUCGAAGCGAAGGACAAGGUGACUUCAGCCGAGUUUGAGUUGGUCAACGGCCUGCUGUUCCUUGAGAAGGCCGGGAAUAAACGUUUGUGUGUUUCUAAUUGGGAGUCUUUGCGUAGUUUGUUUUUAGUUGAGUGUCAUGAUGCCACCGGGCAUUUUGGCUUUGAAAAGACUGCAGCCAAUCUGUUACAGCGGUUCUGGUGGCCCACUAUGAUGAGAGAUGCCAAGCUGUACGUGGAAACUUGUCAGGUCUGUCAGAGAGACAAGCCCCGUACACAGGCCCCUCUUGAGCUCCUCAAGCCCCUUCCGAUUCCGGAAAGGUCUGGUGAGAGCCUGUCCAUGGACUUCAUGGACACCCUGGUCACCAGCAAGAGUGGAAUGCGACACAUCUUUGUCAUUGGGGAUAGGUUUAGUAAGUAUGCUAGAUUAGUUGCAAUGCCGGAAACAGCAAAGACUGAGUACAUCAUUAAGUUGUGCAAAGAAAAUUGGGUCAGAGACUUCGGACUGCUUAAGUCUAUCAUUAGUGACCGGGAUGUGCGAUUCACUAGUGAACUGUGGAGAGUUGCAGCUGCAGAACAGGGCACGCAGUUGCAAAUGACAUCAGGCAAUCACCCAGAAGCUAAUGGGCAGGCAGAGCAGUUGAACCGCGCUGUACAACACCUGUUGAGGCAUUACAUCAAGACGAAUCAGGUAGACUGGGAUGAGAAACUUGCUCUCAUCGCAAGUUUGUACAACAACGCGGUGCACAGCGCAACGGGAGUAAGCCGGAACAGCCUGCUACUGACUUUCAAGCCUAUAAUGCCUUUGGACUUCCUACUACCUGAGAAUCAGUCAACUGCUGCACCAGGAACUUUGGAGUUUGCUUACCGAUAUGAGCAACUGAUGCAGCAGGCUGUCGAACAGAUGCACAAGGCACAGGCGGCCAUGAUAGAGUCUGAGAACAAACACCGCCGCCCAUCUACAUUCCAGGUUGGAGAGAGAGUCUGGUUAAGUCCUCAGAACUGGGACAGGAGUACGGGAUCUCCUGUAAGCUCAUGCCACAGUAGUUUGGACCAUGGGAGAUUCUAGAUGUUGUGGGGAAUGAACCAGAUGGACCAUC